UAUUCAUAACAGCACAUAAGUUCCCAAACUCCCUGCCCCCCGAAGAAACCCGCCUGUCGUGGGUGACCCCCCACCCAGUAAAAAAAAAAAUCCUGGCGUGCCGCCCCUGCGCUUUCUAGGCUUGCGUUAUAAUUUUCUUGAAGCCCUCUAAUGAGUGGGCGCUUAAUUAGUUCUCGUCAAGAUUGCACUUAAUUAGAUAAACAAAGCAAAACCUACGAGAAAGUAACGCGGGUAGUUGCUUUCUCAUCGUCGUAUGCAUACCGCUCUAAAAGCUACCCGCUUCAAUCUCUGUGCCGUAAAGCCACGCGCGAAGGAGGAGGGGGACACCGCGGCGCACGCAUGCAGUGUGAAUGCCCUCGUGCAUGAUGUGCCGGGACCAGUGAGCCACAUAAACGGAACCAGGCCGCGUCGAUAAGAGGGAGCGCCAUCGAUGCUUCGGGGGAGGUCAAGUUCGAAACGGAACCUGCUGCUGCCGGCCGACGCGUCCCUGCUGCCCGGAGCAAAGCGCGUGCGGCUUCGAGGCGACGGCCGCGCGCGUGGAGUCGCAUUCUCUCGUCGAGUCCAGUUGGCGGAGGAUAUGGGCGAAUCGCUCCGUGUUUUCACUCUCCUGGCACUGGUCGCGUCGACGGCAUCCCUCAUCAGCAUUCCCCUACAUCGAUUCAAGUCUGUGAGACAAACCUUGGGCGAGGUAGACGCCGAACUAGUUGUGGCCCAGCCGAAAUACUACAGUGAUGGAGGUGCUCAACUGCCAAUUCCAGAGCCACUGUCAAACUACCUUGACGCUCAAUACUAUGGGCCAAUCAGCAUAGGAGUACCUCCGCAACCUUUUCGUGUUGUCUUUGACACGGGCUCAUCCAACUUGUGGGUUCCUUCAAGACGUUGCAAGUGGACCAACUUUGCCUGCUUGCUCCACAAGAAGUAUGACCAUACAAAGUCAAGGACGUACCGUAAGAAUGGCACAGCUAUAUCAUUGCGCUAUGGCACUGGCAGCAUGACCGGCUUCUUGAGCGUAGACACAGUUUCACUUGCAGGCGUUGAUGUUCAGAACCAGACCUUUGCUGAAGCAGUCACUGAACCAGGUUUGACUUUUGUGGCUGCCAAGUUUGAUGGCAUCCUAGGUCUCGGCUUUAAGAACAUCGCUGCAUCUGGUGCAAACACCGUAUUCGACAACAUGGUCUUGCAGGGCCUCGUACCACAACCUGUUUUUUCUUUCUUUCUGAGUCGAAACCGCAAUUCCUCAAGUGGUGGUGAAAUUACAUUUGGCGGUGUAGAUAAGCGCUUCUACAAGGGCUCCAUUGAUUAUGUACCUGUCACAAAGAAAGGCUACUGGCAGUUUGCGAUUGAUGGGAUAUCUGUGGAAAACAACUCACUGAGAUUCUGUGUAAACGGCUGUCAGGCUAUUGCGGACACUGGCACAUCACUAAUGGCCGGCCCAUCUUUAGAGGUCAUGAAACUUCAGAAAAUUAUUGGUGCCUACCCUUACUCGCAUGGUCAGUACACAGUGAAAUGUGAAGACGUGCCUAAGCUUCCGGCCGUCACAUUCCAUAUAGGAAAUCGUACGUACACUUUGACAGGGAAUGAUUAUGUCCUAAAGAUUACACAGUUUCGCCGCAGCCUGUGUCUUUCAGGGUUUGUCGGACUUGACAUACCAGCCCCACAAGGACCUCUUUGGAUCUUUGGUGACGUCUUCAUAGGCCGAUACUACACUGUUUUUGACUACGGUGCUUCACGUGUUGGCUUUGCUGAGGCUGCGGAAGUUGACUGACCUGCUUUAUUGCCUUCUUUCUUCACUCUUCCGGUUCUUUCUGCCUUUCAAGUUUUCCUCCAGUACACCGUACGUGGGCAUUAAACCCUGCUGCAGCGAUGUAAGCAGGCAUAUGAGAAUCUACGUGUGUGAAUUUUUUUGUUUUACUUACUUCUCGAGAGGACAUUCUAGCAGUAAAACAAACAGUAUAUGUGGCCAAAUACUGUACGCUAUUGGUAACUGCUUGCGAUUUUUAUAUAAGGAAAUAAAUGUGAUUGAAUCGCAGUAAAAUUGUUAGUGCUAAAAAAGUCACUGUGAGUGGAAAAGAAUGUGUUGCUUGUCCACAAGCCUUUGUACAAAGGCAGCUUUUGUACUGAGCAAGUCAUUACUAAUACUAAAAGUCCGUAUGUAUCACACAAAG